UCUGUACUGUCGCUCUCGGAUGACGUAGUUCAGUCGGUGUUUUUACCAUGGCGGCUAUCUUCUAAUUGAUAGAAAAAUGUUUGUGUUGUAGCCGCAAGAACGCUCGUAGUUUCUCAGACAAAUUCAGAACAUAUUCCUUUCAAAAUGAAUAACAGAACGUCUUAUUUUUAUGACCCGGACGUGGGCAACUUUCAUUAUGGUGCCGGCCACCCCAUGAAGCCUCACCGUCUGUCUCUGACCCACAGUCUGGUGUUGCACUAUGGGCUCUAUAAGAAAAUGAUGGUGUUCAAGCCAUACAAAGCGUCUCAGCACGACAUGUGUCGGUUCCACUCUGAAGACUAUAUAGACUUCCUGCAGAAGGUCAGCCCCAACAACAUGCAGGGCUUCACCAAGAGCCUUAACACUUUCAAUGUGGGAGACGACUGUCCCGUGUUUCCAGGUCUUUUUGAGUUUUGCUCAAGAUACACAGGAGCAUCCUUACAGGGAGCCACGCAGCUCAACCACAAGAUCUGCGACAUUGCCAUCAACUGGGCUGGAGGGUUGCAUCAUGCCAAGAAAUUUGAGGCGUCUGGGUUUUGUUACGUAAAUGACAUCGUCAUCAGUAUACUGGAGCUUCUCAAAUACCACCCGAGGGUUCUGUACAUCGACAUAGACAUUCACCAUGGUGACGGCGUACAGGAAGCCUUCUACCUGACUGACCGCGUCAUGACCGUGUCCUUCCACAAAUAUGGGAACUACUUCUUUCCGGGAACAGGUGACAUGUACGAGGUGGGAGCAGAGAGUGGCCGCUACUACUGCCUCAACGUUCCCCUCAGAGACGGCAUCGACGACCAGAGCUACAGGCAGCUGUUCCAGCCGGUUAUUAAACAGGUGGUGGAUUUCUACCAGCCGACCUGCAUCGUCCUGCAGUGUGGAGCAGAUUCUCUGGGCUGCGACAGACUCGGCUGCUUCAACCUCAGUAUACGAGGACACGGAGAGUGUGUGGAGUUCGUAAAGAGUUUUAAGAUCCCUCUACUUGUCCUGGGAGGAGGAGGGUACACGGUGAGGAACGUGGCUCGCUGCUGGACCUUUGAGACAUCUCUGUUAUUGGAUGAACCCAUCAGUGAUGAGCUGCCUUAUAGCGAGUAUUUUGAGUACUUCGCUCCAGAUUUCACGCUGCAUCCAGAUGUUAGCACCAGGAUAGAAAACCAGAACUCCAGACAGUAUCUGGAGCAGAUUCGUCAGACAGUGUUUGAGAACUUGAAGAUGUUGAACCACGCGCCCAGUGUCCAGAUCCACGACGUCCCCUCUGACAUGCUGAGCUACGAACGCACCGACGAGCCCGACCCUGACGAGAGGGGGGGAGAGGAACACUACACCAGGCCGGAGGCAGCCAAUGAAUUUUACGAUGGUGACCACGACAACGACAAAGAAAGCGACGUCGAGAUUUGACCUGAGGAUGAGGCGGAGCGGAGCUUUUCCUUACAGCGUUCUGUUGCAUCAUAUCCAAACAUCACCGCAGCUUUUACAGAAACCUCAACAUUCUGGAAGGACUGAAAAGACUUGAGCUCUGUUCCUGCUGUUUUUUAGUAGGUUCUCUUUUUAAAAGUCCUCAAUCAGCCACCAUCAUGGUCCUUACACCACCGUAACUCAUCAGAACAGAUAUGACGUUAGAACAGCAGUAUUGCCAUUUCUUUUUGGAGCCAUCAACUUCUGUUACAACAGGAGGAGCCCAGAUUACACACUCUUUAAUAAUCCUGGCCAUAUCCAUAUGAUAUUCCUUCAUUGAAGCACCGUCCACUGGUACCAAGAUUCAAAAUGUAUAAUUUAGAUUUUGAUUAUAAACUUUUUCUCUUGACUUUUUUUCCAACUUGUUGUCUUGUUCAUGUUAUCAUAGUAAUGAAAUGUAUUUGGAAAAUGUCAUCUGAACCAAAGGUUUGCAAGUUAUUUAAUCAACUGAGAUCAACUUGUAAACAGCAGAUGUGACAUCCAAAUGCAAUGUUUUUAGCAUCCAAAAUGUCAAGCAAGUGCUGUGUGAAAGAAUUAUGUGUAACAUGUGAAGGCACUCUUUGAAAGAAAAACAAACACCAGGUGAAAAGAUGUGAGGAGUUAUUUCAAUUGUGAGAAACUGUCUAAGUGCCUGCCACCCUACAUUAGCCUAGUUUAAACUGACAGAACCGUAUUAUUUCACAGCUUGUCAGUUGACAUUUGUCCGAAUGUUUUUUUACAAUCCUACAAUUAUUCACGUGCCUUACAGCGCAGUGAAGUCAAACACUGGUUUAGAGCUGGGCACUUAAUACACUUCCCUUUUAACCUUAUUUGGACUGGAACAUCUAUCAAUGAGGCAACUGGACUUUUUUCCUAUUUACAUUCCUUUCUCUUAACUCCUGGAUUCUCUGCCCAUUACUGUAUAUACACAUGAAUAGAUGUAUAAACUGUGAGUGUGUUCAUAUUGUAGACGAUGACACCUGUGGCGAUAUUGUUACACAUUUUUGUACUGAAGCAAGUCGAAAUACGUUCUAUUAUCCGCCACAUCACGUCCUCUUUUAGCCAGAAACAGUUUCAUGUGAUUUUUUUUAUAUUGUCUUCUUUUGUUUUUAAUAAAAAUUCUUAAAAUUGAAA